AAUACAAGAUUUAAGUUUAGAAGGUUGGCAAGGUGAAUGUCAAAAUAAUAGAAAAGAAUACGAACCGAGUUAAAAUCUUGUGAAUGGCUGCAAUUGAGAAAGUAAAAGUCGUCGUUCUUGGUGAUUCUGGCGUAGGAAAAACCUCACUGACGUAUUUGAUUGCACACAACAAACCACUUUUGUCACCGGGAUGGACCGUGGGAUGCUCCGUCGAAGUGAAGUUGCACAGAUACAAGGAAGGCACACAAGCACAAAACACAUUCUUUGUGGAACUCUGGGACGUUGGAGGUUCAAAUGGACACAGAAAUACUAGAAAUGUGUUCUACCAGCCUACUCAUGGUAUUAUUUUGGUGCACGAUUUAACAAAUAGGAAAAGUCAGGUCAAUUUACAGAAAUGGCUAUCUGAGAUUUUGAAUCAAGAUAGUUCAAAUCCCAUGCCACACGUUGAUGUGGAUCCUGAACAGUUUCUAGGAUCUACGCAGAUUCCUAUAUUAGUCAUUGGAACUAAGUUCGAUAUGGCUGAAGAAAAACAAAGGAAGAACCAGUAUAGGAGGCUAGCUAGUAGUAUAGCGGAGCAAUGUGGCGCUGAUGAAAUAUUUGUUAAUUGUCACCAAGCGAGAUCGUUAGCUGCAGGCACAAGCAACUCCGUUAAAUUGACAAGAUUUUUUGAUAAAGUGAUAGAGCGACGAUAUUAUUCGAGGGUAAGUCCGUUCACGGACAAGCGUCGUCUCCCGCCCUACAUCAUGGCCACGUCUACUCCGCUUUCAAGUAACAAGCCCUCCCAGUACAUGAGUCCACGGUUCUACCAUAUGGACUGAUUGUGGCUUCACUUCUAUUCUGUUGUAUCAUUCCAUGUAUAUAAAGUUGUAUUAUAUAAAA